GUUAGACGGUAUUGUUUAACACCCUUCACUUGGAGAUCAAUUCCAAUCGUAAACAAUUACCUAAGUACCUACCUAAACCACAAAAACAACUUCGGCCGCCAGUGUCAAAGACGUAGGCGCAAGGCGCAUACGCAAUCAUUUCAGCACGACGCGACAAGGACUGGUUGAGUAGUUGUCUUCCUCAUUAUCUUAUUAUCUACUAUCUACCUCCAUCACCAACUGCGGCGACAACUCCAAUUGCGACCAGCACCACCACCCGCGGUACAUUUCGAUACAUACCUACCUAUUGUUCACUAAGUGGUAAUCGCAAGAGCCCAACCGAUAAUCCUCCCGCCCGACGUCGCGAAUCUAUUUUGACCAGGGGCGUGUCCCGGUUUUUAACUGCUAUCGACUUUUCUACACUCUACUUGCGACAUCCGAUAUUUGAAAAUAUUAGCAAUCAGUAGCCGUUAAAUAACAUCGACGUGAGCGUCGACAGGUCGAGCGACCACCUCCUUACUUCCGCCCCCUCCUGCGGUUUUUGCUCAUACUUGCAUCCUUUGACUGCAACACCGGCCAAUAGCCUUUCGAUCCAACCCAGCAUCUCGCAGCUCUGUCGUGGCUGUUAGCGCAUCCAACAUGAACCAGGCAAGCCAGUACGGAGCCGCCCCGAGACGAACUAAUACAUAUGGCUCUCAGCAUGAUGAACUCCAUAUUUCUUCUACCAUGAGCCACAGCGGCCAAAUCUCUCCGCGGGACUAUACUACCGCCUCCGCUCCGCACAUCAAACUCGACCAACCCGCAUCGCAACCCGUCAAUCCUCAAUACCAAACUUCGGGUGUGCCCAACGUCCUUCAACCUGGAGGACUAGGUCCCGGUCGUCCCCCCGCUCUGACUGCCAAUACCGCACCUACCCUACCCACCAUGUCCGGUGCCAUACAACACUCUCCGAGCGAGUACGCUUCGCCGUCCAAACCACCGACCUUGAGUUUAUCAGCACACGGCUACUCUCGCUCUAGUCCUGCUGCUCCUUACGAGAAUUCUGCUACCUCGUACUCCCCCUACACUCCUACCACCCCCGGAGGAUCCAACCCCGGCUCAUCGCAGUACAUGUCGCCGCAAGAUCCUAAAUAUACCGCUCCCGGUUCUCAGCGAAACAUCUCCAACACGCCGCUCGGCCUAGCAGACAUUCGACCUCGAGCCGAUUCAAGUCUAUCCGACGGCCCGCCCGGUACCCUAGGCUACGAGCUCGCCAACGUUCAACCCUCUACCAGCAAUUACUUGGCUCCUUGGGCCCUAUAUGCAUUCGACUGGUGCAAAUGGGCUCCCCAGGGCAGGGGCGCCGGCAAGGUUGCAAUUGGAAGCUAUCUAGAAGAUGGCCAUAACUUUAUUCAAAUACUCGACACGCAGGUUACGAGUACCCCUUCCGAUAUAUAUACACCUGGUUCGUCCAAGUAUAGCAUGGAAUUUACCAAGGUUGCAGAAGCAACUCAUUCAUACCCUGUUACGCGCCUUCUGUGGGAACCUCCAUCUUCCCAGAAGCAAUCUACUGACUUACUGGCUACGUCUGGCGAUCAUCUUCGGCUAUGGUCCUUGCCGUCCGACGCCCAGUCAUCUCAUUCGAAUAAUAUAACUAAGCCGAACCUGGGCGCACCCAUAACGAAGCUUACACCAUUGGCGCUAUUAUCUAAUUCAAAGACGCCAGACCACACGGCGCCUCUCACAUCGUUGGAUUGGAACACCGUCUCGCCCAGUCUUAUCAUCACCUCCAGCAUCGACACGACUUGCACUAUCUGGGACAUUCCGUCCCUAACAGCCAAGACGCAACUUAUUGCUCAUGAUAAGGAAGUCUACGAUGUUCGAUUUUGUGCCAAUAGUGUGGACGUGUUCGUUAGCUGUGGACAAGAUGGGAGUGUGCGAAUGUUCGACCUUCGCAGUUUGGAGCAUAGUACUAUCAUCUAUGAACCAACCGCCAAGGAUGACCGAGACGCGAAUGGUGGAAGGAUAAGCCCGACGCUGGCCCAGCAAACCAUGUCUCACGCACCGCCCCUCCUGAGGCUGGCAACCUCGCCUCAUGACACUUAUCUCUUAGCUACGUUCGCCCAAGAUUCUAAUAUUAUUCGCAUUCUUGAUGUACGACAGCCGGGGCAGGCGUUGCUGGAACUACGCGGCCACGGGGGAUCCCUGAGCUCGGUUGAAUGGUCUCCUGGAAGGAGAGGGCUACUCGCUUCCGGUGGCGAUGACUGUCAAGUUCUACUGUGGGAUCUUAUUAACAGCACCCCUACCCCCGGUGGUUCGUCUUCCAACGGCGCCGGCUCGGCAGAGAAACACCUCAGCCCAGUUGCUAGCUGGCAGUGCGACUACGAGGUUGGCAACCUUGGCUGGGCGCCUCCUCUCCACAAUGGAGAGGGUGUUGGCGACUGGCUAGGUGUUAGUGGUGGACGAGGAGUCUGGGGUGUCAAGAUCUGAAGUGCUCUAGUUACACAUGUGAAAACCCGGUGCAGUUGGAAUACUACGAAGCAAAACUCCCCUAUGCCAAUAGCCAUGCUCAACGAUAAUCUACAAGCUAGCACUCCCCCUCAGACUGCUAUAUACAUUUACGAAGCAAGGCGUUAUCUGGGCCUGUAUCACGUUUUUGGUUACGAGCGAGCUCUUAGAGUUUGUGAGUGAAGGGCAUAGCUGAGCAGGUGGCAGUCUAUUGUCGGGUAGAGUGGACUGUUUGAUGAAAAUGAGGGAGCCGAUUCGGUAUCCGAUAUGAGGGGCAAAGGUUGUGCCGUUCAACACCAAUUGUCUAGGAGUAUCGUACUCAGUCUUAAUUUGUAUAUUAGCAACCAUUCCAGUGGGCGAGCAGGCAGAAUACCAUGAUGAGUCGGCAGAUGGAUGGAUUAGUAGGCGGCAAAGUGCCACCGGUUGGUGAUUGGUGGUAUACGGCGAGGAACGGCCGCUUCAGUACAAUAAGAAAUCCAUGCACCUUAAAAAAGGGGAGUAGGUGGUGAACUAAGGUGUGUUUUGUUUAUUAGUUACUGUGUUUCUAGUUUUAUGCUUUGUAGUACUUAGAGAAAUAUACCCCGGUGGGUGCAUGGGGAGUAAAAGUACUACGUAUUAUUAG